UCUCAAACUAAUGUCUCUCUCUUUUGUUUCAGACCCAUUGAAGCAUUUCUCCAUUUCUAGCUUCUAGGAACCGACAACAUGGCAGCAAAUCGUCAAAGCGUGCCCAAAUUUGGAGAAUGGACAGAAGAUGUUCCAUUCACAGUAAUGUUCGAUAAGGCCAGUAGGUCGUCGAGGAAAAAUACAAACAAGUCUAAUCCUAAUCCCAACGAGUAUCCAGAAAUGAAUCCAACCGCUGCGCAAACUCGAAAUCAGAGACAUGACCAACCACCAAACCACAAUGUAAGACCGAGACAAGAAAGAUUCGGUAGACGAGAAGAAACCGAAUUCAGACCGUCUCCUCAAAAUGAAAGAAACAACAGAAUCAGAGCUCCUCCCCCAGCAGAAGCGUAUAACCAUCAAUCAUAUGGUGGCGGAGGUACAAAUCCAUCGGAAACGAAUAGACGCCAACCAUAUGAUCCUACACCGGUGAAACCUAGGCCCAUAAGCAAUCUUAGAGGUCGGGGCAGUGAAAGGGUCGCAACUAUUCCGCCGUUUCCUGGAUCGGGUUCUGAGGAUCAGAGUUAUACACUCAUCUUUGAAAAAGUGAAAGAAAGCAAGAAACAAAGUGGGACUGUGAGUUCUUACAAUGAAACUGAUCAUAGCACUCCAACUCCACUCAUCAACGACGACCAACAUCAUCAACCGCUACCUUCUAGUCCCAAGGGUUGCUGCUUUCCUAGAUGGUGCCGAAAGUGAAGCUACUGAAGAUAAUUCGUUACUUUGUUUACAUGUUUAAUUUGUUGUUUGCUUCUGGAUAUGAUUUGGCUCGAGUAUUCAAUAUUAUAAAUACAAAUAUUAUUUUGGUAUGUUCUAUGUAUGUAUGGGUGUUUUUUUUUUUGCUAAAAGUGUAUGUAUCGAUGUUAUGGGAAAAAUGCUACAAACAUAGUUACUCGUUCGUCAUCUAA